ACCAAAAAUGGUGUCGGAUGAAUAAAAGUAGGUCGAGAGAAAACCACAGCGGUUUUUCCAUCCAUGCUUCGUAUGUGUUCUUUGUUGUUUGGUGAACACUGUAUGGUAUUUCCUCCAUAUCUCAGCCUCCAGUCAAAAGACCGUUUACGCACAGGUGGGAGAUACCCGCAAUAGGACAGCCCCCUCCCUCAGUUCCUCAGCGGAUGAUGUGAGCAAGUGACAUUUUGCCGUUGCGGUUUGGGACAGCAGGCAGCGUCUGCAAACAGGUGUGCGGCUGCCCGAAUCAGUUACGCCUUUAUUCCAGCUGACAAGGAGAGGGAGAAAGCCAUCCCAGUCGCGGAAUCAUCCUCCUCGACGCGGGACAGGAGAGGAGGGGGAAACCUGCAUCUUAGCAGCAAUUUUAUUAUCUGAAGAGGCAAACUGGUUGUAGGAGAUAACGCUAUGGCUACAAAAAAAUCAUCAUGCACGGAUGUAACGAAAAGAAGCCGGAGUCCCGUCGUUUUGGAAGCGGAAAUGUUCAGUGAAUUUCAGGACUGGUGCCUCCGGACUUAUGGGGACUCGGGUAAAACAAAGACAGUCACCCGGAGAAAAUAUAACAAAAUCAUGCAAACACUGUUGCAAAACGACGAUUCGGACGGCAUGUAUGUCGACAAUAGCCACAUCAAUGCCAAAUUCAAAUUUUGGGUGAAGUCGAAAGGGUUUCAGGUCGGGAGCAACAUUCUGGGGGAACACAAGAAAGGAGCAUCAGGAAAGCCUGUCCUAUAUGUCCCGGUCAAGUCAACGUGUGCUGAUGCAGGCUCGGCCCAGGACAGUUCGUCCCUGAAGAGGGUAGCAGUUGUGGAGGAUUUCUUCGAUAUCAUCUAUGCCAUGCAUGUGGAGAUGGGUGCAGACCCUGGCAGAGCACCUAAACAUGCUGGCCAGAAGAAGACUUACAAAGCGAUAGCAGAGACGUACGCCUUCCUACCCAGGGAGGCAGUGACACGUUUCCUAAUGAGCUGUGGAGAGUGUCAGAAGCGGAUGCACAUCAAUCCCAGCACCGCAGAGUUCAAAGAGAAUGAUCGACCAACAUCCCUUGUCCCGGACCUCAUUGACUAUAAUAUGCCCCUGACUGCCACCUACCUGAAACAGAUGAAACUACAGUGCAUGACUGCCAAUGAGCGGGACGACAGUUCGGUGAGCAGUGAGGACAUGGAUAUGGCUGAACCCACGUGGAUCUCAGUUGAGCGUCCGCCUGUACCUGCCCUCAGUCCGCCCAACGGGGAGAGAGUACACAGCCCACAGACGGCACUCAAAGAGGAGGAUGAUGAUGACUCCUCUGAGAGUGGGAGUGCCAAUGGGCUGCCGGCCCUGACCCCUCCGGAUGCGAUGGUUGUGAGCAGUGUCCCUCCAGACGUUGUGCCUCCUUACAGGGAGGUGACUGAGAAUGGUGUGAUAGCUCCCCUGGACUUCAGCACCACCACCUCCUCAUCGUCCUCCUCAGAGGACCAGCAACCGGUCAAUUUAACCGAAAGACUGCUGCCUGUGGGGAGUCCUGUUGGGACGACCUACACAGCUGAUCCAACCAGGAAGUACCUCGGGAAACCUGACUACGGCAGCAAGUCUCCUCAGUAUAGUUCAGGAAGCUAUGACUCGGUGAAGACAGAACUGAGCAUGAGCGCAGAGGACCUGACUUCUGGGCGUGCUCAGAUACUCGACGAUGACGAUGAUGAGCACGACGACCACGAUGACGGUGACAAAAUCACUGACUCUGAAGGCAUGGACCCGGAGAGGCUGAAGGCCUUUAAUAUGUUUGUGCGUCUGUUUGUGGAUGAGAACCUGGACCGCAUGGUGCCCAUCUCCAAGCAGCCCAAGGAGAAGAUCCAGGCCAUCAUCGAGUCGUGCAGCCGACAGUUUCCAGAGUUCCAGGAGCGUUCACGCAAGCGCAUCCGCACCUACCUCAAAUCCUGUCGCCGUAUGAAGAAGAGCGGUUUUGAGACGCGGCCCACCCCCCCACACCUCACGUCUGCCAUGGCUGAGAACAUUUUGGCUGCUGCUUGUGAAAGUGAGACUCGCAACGCUGCCAAGAGGAUGCGACUAGAUGUCUAUCAAGGCCCUGAGGAACCGGCUACUGUUGAUAAGAACGGCUCCAGGGACCCGACCUCUGUGACCCCCUCAGGCUUCUCCCUAGCUGCCUCAGCCUAUUCCCAGUCCCAGUCCCAGGACUCAGUCUACACUAAUGGCACCAACGGAGGCCUCAACUACAGCUUCCGCAGCUACGGGGCAAUCAGCAACAACCUGCCGACCACCGGUGCCGCCACACAAACCAAUGGUCCCACUGAUCUCAGUAUGAAGUCUGUGGCUCCCACCUCCUCGUCCUCCUCUUGCUCCAAUAGUCACGGAGGUGGGGGUGGGGGCGGAGCGUCUGCUCAGCUUAGCCCCCCUGAGGUGACAGCGGUGCGGCAGCUUAUCGCUGGGUACAGAGAGUCUGCCGCCUUCCUGCUCCGUUCCGCGGACGAGCUGGAGAACCUGAUCCUACAGCAGAACUGAACCGGAACCAGGCCAGAUCUUGCUGAACCAUGCCGUGCCAACACUCGUUUCCACAGGCUGUUUGCUCUGUCCACUCCCCCUCUCAGUCACACACAGUCAGACAGGCACAUCAAUCCUGAGCUACACUGAGCAAAAGAAAGUCACGAAGUGUAGGAGUAGUUCUGCAUUGCACAACUGGGCCAGAUACAGUAUGGAGGUGGUAGAUGAAGUAUGGUACAUCGUCACAGUUUACGUCAGAGGUAAGAAACAGUGAAUAGAUAUACGCAAUAUUUCAGUUCACACUGCCCCGUUAGCUUUUGUUGUUCUCAUCACAAACCAACUAGUCACCUUCUUCAUCUAUACCGCCUCAAGCACAUUUUUAAUGGAUUUCUUUUCAAAACUCUGAGGAGGUAUUUGUCAAAAAUGGAUUGCUGCUACAAAUUUGACCUUCUGCCAUUGGUCUGUUAACCUCAACGGUGGUUUUUAAAGUUUGAUGGUUUGGGUAUGGAAAGUGGAGUCAUAUAAAAUCAUAGCUGUAGGAUAAAGCAAUGUCAUGUUUCCUAAUGUACGGUUUUUCAAAACAAGGUGCAAUAUGGAAGAAUAUUGUUAAAUGUGCAUGGAUUGAUAUGCCACUAGGCAAGUCAGGCCAAUGUCCACAGGACUCAGUGCAAAAUGAGGUCUUCUAAGCGUGAGGUCUCCUCUCAACGAGAUGAGCUAACUGGGAAAACAUUCCAUAGAGAAGGCAGAUUUACCACAAACCUCCCGUACGUUAUGAGGCUCCAAUGGAAGCAGAAACGUUAGUUGUCAAUCAGGAAUCUGCUGUGUGAAUGGAACACAAAGAAAAUGGAUACCAUAGCAGCGUUGUAGCUUCAUUGUUGUCUGUCCUAAAUGCUGCUCUUCUUUAUCUUUGACCAUAUCUGAGGCCCUCUCAUUGACCGCAACCAGUCAGAUAUGUGAAUAGGACACAGUACCUGAUGUAGAAUGAUAUGAGGCUUGAGGUCACUGAGGUCUUUGAAAGUCACUUGAGCCAAUUAAAUAGUCUAACUGAUCCGAGCGUUUUAUAACAUUUUGUAUUGAUUUAAGUCAGUCAGACAUUAACAGCACAUGGUUGUGCCAUGAACUUUGUCUCAUGAACAUCACAUGGCUGUCUCAUGGAAAUGUAAGGUGAAUGCACUGCACUCCUUGUAAGUAAUGUUGGCUUGCUCAAGAAAAAUAUCACACCAAAUCCUCUUCACCUUAACUCCCAUUUCUCACCCAUCUUGCCUACCUUAUCAACUCAAAAUCCAAUAUGAAAAACGUCACAAAAAAAAGCAAAAGACAAUCUUGAAUAUGUGUGAUGGCGCAGUUUACUCUCACAAUUCCUUGCUAUGGUGUGUUCAUUAUGUGAGGGCAGCACAGAGUACCGUAACCACACCCAGAGCACAUGGCCUCUCUGAACAGACAAGGAGCAGCCAGUCAACACUAAGCGUUCAUACAGAAGUGUGUUGCAAAAAAACGAUUUCUCUACUUUUGGUAUUGUUGUUGAACGUUGGCAUUACUGAAUGUUGUUCAUUAUUUCUGUUGGUUGUGUGGAGUGAAGUGGAGUGGCCCUUUCAAAGCUCUUUUGUACAACGUUAGCAUUGUAUAAGUACGUUUUCUCUGUACGCUUAAACAUUCCAAACAGACAAAAAAAAAUAUUUUAAGCAGUCAACCUGGUCAGCACCUUAGAUUUGUCAGAUAACUCAUAUCAGAGAGAAAUAUAUUUGUGUCAUUUAAAAUAAAUUAUUGAUGUCAGUAGCACAUAUGUUUAAUACACUUCUGUGAUGAACAUUCCAAGUACAGGUCAGUCUGUCAAAAACAACACGCAGAAAUGAUUCUGUUAUUAAUGAAUGGUCACAUCCAUGACACAAUUGGACUGCUUUAUAAUAUUUAAAAUGUUCUUAUAAUCUAUUGCAAGUUUGGAAGCACUUUACAGCUCAGGAUAUAUAUAAAAAAACAAAGGUACAUGUUUGUAACCAGACAUUGCUACAGAGCACCCCUACUUGAUUGAAAUAUUUGACACAUUUAUUCACAUGCUUCACAAUAGUAUGGUGGUGUAUAUGAUGAGAGCUGUGAGUGAGGGGUUUACUUUUCAGUUUGAAUGUCUGUAUCUAUUUAACUGUAGAAUAUUUGGGUCCACUGACUCCUAAUCGUCAUGGAUACUUUGAUGUGGAACGCAAAUGCACACUCCUAAAAUGCACAGGAUUGGGUUAUAAAUUACAUGGCAAGGCUCAAGCAAGAAUCAGCCAAUCAAAAAAAUAAUAAUACUUCCAUUUAAAAAUGUUGCUAGCAACACAAGUGCUGCUUUAAAUGCUCAUAUUUUGACCACAUCAGACAUUUUAUUUGAGCCAGACUAGUCAGGCUUUACAAACUGUCAUUUUGAAACGACAUCAUGGGGGCUCAGGCUUGAGUACACAUUUGAAUGUAGGAGAAAUGUUAAUUAGGAUGGACUCCUCUGGGUAGACUUCAUCAAUCAACUUGAUGGCUACCUUGGGAUCUGUCCCUUACUUUCCAAAUGUCUUCAGUGUCUCCUCCACCUCCACCUGGCCCUUGUCUACAUUUGGCCAGCCAUAAUUUCCAGCAGCCAUCAGCAAACUGACAUCGACACUUCAUUAUAUUAUUGAUGCAGAGUUGACCCUGAAUUCAGUUAGGCUUUUUAAUGCAUCUCUUUGCUUUCUGUCCAAAAAAGGGGAGAGAGAACUUCUUAAUUUCUCUUAAGAAUACAGUUAUUGUAACCAAUGAAACACAACCAUUUGUUGGCACAUUUUAUUACAGUGGGAUUCCUCUUUGCAUUUGGCAGGACAAUGUAAUGUAUAGAUGUUUGAUUAAAAAAAAACUGAGCGUAAAAGCCCUAGUAGCUUGUGGAUUGCUGAUGUGGUCAGAUAUAUGUAUAACUGUACAAAGGGUUGUAAAAGAAACAUUUUCAAACCUAAAUCUGUGGGGUACAGCACUGUUCCAGAAAAAUCUAUGUUGUUUCAACCCUUGCCUGUUUUAACCUAUCAGUUGGUGGUGCUCUGUAAAACGUAUAUUGUUCUUGAUAUUCUUUCAUUUGUUACUUCUCCUGCACUGGCCAGAGACUGCAGUUCUGUGCAGGGGGUUGUAAUGUACUGUAUACCAAUGUGAAGCUUUGUAUUUUUUCCUUCUGGUUUUUUGGACUCAGUGAAAGUGUGAUGUUUACAUGUACAGAUUUUUCAAAAUACUUUUACUUUUCGUCCGUGUUAUUUUCUCACCCUGCCCCGCCUGUUUCUAAUUCUUCAGACAUUUCUUUAGUGCAUUGCAUCAAGUGCAGACAGAUGUGACUGCUUUGAAAGGUGGUCAGGUCAGAUGACAUUGACAUGGUCAACGUUGGUCUUGACUGAGACAGCCAGGUUGGGUGGUCUCUGGUGAUGGCUGAUAGAUUCAGGCCCUAUAGGGAUCCUGGAGUGAGAGGAAGCGUCACGCAAGUUCAAAGUGCACCAUGAAUUGCCUACCUCUGAGAUUUAUCAGUAGCAUAAUGGUACACAGAUCCCUAUUGAAGGAUUGCAGAUAAUCCAGCUGUUGUUUCCCUUCUGAAUAGCCCUCAUGCUAAUACGCCCCGUGGCAAGUGCUGCCAAAUGGGUUCAUUAGCAUGAACUCAAUCACUGAGCAACGUAAAACAAUUAAACAAUAGAAUGUGUCUGUACACUAGUUAAAACAGCACAACAGCCACUCCAUGGUUGCUGUAAGGUACACUUUGACCUCUCGUAACUGCUCCUCAGCGAUGCGAUGUAAAAGCCAUUCCCCUCUCCUGGUCCUCAAGGGGGAACACAAGAACCUCAGGAAACGCUUAAUCUCUGAGUUUAUUUUUUAUCCAUUAUGGUCUUUACUUGUGACAGUAAAGUCAAUCUACCUAUUACCAUGACAUUUAUAUGAAACGUUUAUCAUUGUUUUGUACAUUUAUCAUUGUGAUUUAAAAGUGGAGCUUUUCCAGUACAUGUGACUGAAUAUUUAGAUUUUUUUGAAAAGUGUUUAUAGGUAUAAAUAUUUAUUAAUAUAUGUGAAGCGACCUAAAAGACAAAAGAAAAGGCAGAAAAUUGUCAUUUGUUUGUUUCAUGCAAAGCCGCCCAGACGGGAUAUUCUUUGCCUCUUACAUAUCACAAAUGAUAAUGAAAUGUUUGUUUUGAAAUAGCGCUUUUUCAGUGUAAUGUCAACGCUAAGGUAAAAAAAUGUUGGUUACCAACAGAAGUAUUGCAAGGCUCUCUUCUGAGAUGUCAGUAACUGAAUAAAACAGUGCGAUGAGCUAUCACACCGAAACCUGA